AUGAGUAGCGGUGAAUUUUCUAUAUUGGGAAGUCUGGCAAACAUUGGAGGGUUUUUGUCAACACCUUUUUGUGGUUAUGCUUUAGACAAGUUCGGAAGGAAGUACUCUGCUAUGGUUUACGGUGUACCUUUUGUAGUUGCAUGGGGAAUUAUUGCCGUGACCAAGUCUAUGUACCUUGAUAUUUUUGGCGCUGGAUUAGCUGGUCUCGGUGCUGGAGGGCAAGCGGUAUCCACUGUAUACAUCUCGGAAAUAUGCCACGACUCUAUCAGAGGCGGCCUAACAUCGAGUACUAUAUACGUAUUCUUCUUAGGACUAUUAUUUUCAUACACCUUAGGUGGAUACCUCCCCUAUUAUAGUGUAGUGUACGUGCAUCUAAUACUAUCUAUUUUGUACGUAGCACUUCUUACAUUAUUAAAGGAAUCACCAAUUUUUCUAUUGAAAUGCGGCAAAGAAAAGGAAGCAGCAGAAUCAAUUGCUUUCUAUCAUCGAAUCGAGAAAAAUUCUAAAGAAAUGGAACUUAAAAUUAAGAAAUUAAAACUACAAUUAGAUCCAAGAAUUAUUAAAAUAUUGGAAUCGGGUGGUGAUGAUGCAGCUGUUGAAGAACUUUUAAAAAAGUCUCCAAGCACCACCGAGAAAGAUGAUGAAAGUUUAUCAGUGUGGCAAUUUCUAAAACGUUCCGAAUCAUCAAGAAAAGGACUAGCUACAGUACAUAUACUCAUGGUAUUAUCAAUCUUCAUGGGGGCCAUGGUUAUUUCACUGUAUGCUGAACUUAUAUUUAAGGAAGCAGUCCCCGGUUUGGAUACAAAUACAUGUUCGAUUAUAUUAGCCGGGAUUUACUUAAUUGCAUGUCUGAUGGGCGCACUCGUGUUGGACAAGUUUGGUAGAAAGACUCUGAUGACAGUAUCAUGUGCCCUGUGUGGAGUAUUUACAAUGUUGUUGGGCUCUCAACUGCAUUUCCAUUAUGCGCCUCCUUGGUUUAGCGCAUUUGCGUUAUAUGCAUUUAGCUUUACGUACAAUUUUGGCUGCGCAGCGAUACCGAGUGUCGUCGCUGCUGAAAUAUUUUUACCUGAGGUGCGAGGAUUUGGGAACAGUUGUGUGAUGGCUUGCAGGUGGAUAUCUGUCUUUGUCCUCCUGAAUAUUUUCGCUCCCCUAGUUGAGGCCUUCGGUCUCGGAAUUACUUACUGCUUCUUUUCCGUGGUGUGUUUCUUAUCAGCUGCCUAUAGUCACUUGUAUCUGCCGGAAACUAAGGGACUAUCGGUUGAUGCGAUACAGAAGCUGUUUGUGAAAGAAAGAACGAAGAAAUAA